CCAAGAACUGACUGGACUAGAGAGGACUCUUAGCAAGGUGGAGCUAGCUUCUAACAGGAGGACUUUGGCUUCAGGACAACCUUGAAGGCAGCAUAUUUUUUUCAUUUGAAUUGCACAAAAAGCUGCCAUUAUGGGGGAGUGGUCCUUUCUGUCUGAUUUGUUAGACAAGGUGCAGUUUCACUCCACCGUCUUGGGAAAGGUCUGGAUGAGUGUUCUUUUUCUCUUCCGGAUCUUCAUUCUGGCAGCUGGUGUUGAUAAAAUAUGGGGAGAUGAACAAUCAAACAUGAAGUGUAACAUCCUAACGCCUGGAUGCAAGAAUUCUUGCUAUGAUCACACCUUUCCUUUGUCUCAUACACGGUUCUGGGUGCUCCAGAUUCUCACUGUCUCCACGCCAACGCUCAUCUAUCUGGGCCACGUCUUACUAGUGAUUCGUAAAGAUAACAAACGGAGAAGACGCCUGGAGGAAAAAAGGAAAAAGCAGGAGAUAAUUAAAGCCCCCAAGUAUUCAGAUGAAAAUGGCAAAGUGCACCUCAAAGGCGUCUUGCUGGUCAGCUACACGAUUCAAUUGUUGUUCAAGAUUUUGCUUGAAGUAGCAUUCAUUGUAGGACAGUACUACCUCUAUGGCUUCAUACUUAUGCCAAAUAAGGUUUCUUGUUUCAAGGACCCAUGUAAGACAGAGGUACACUGCUUCAUUAGUCGCUCCACAGAGAAAAGCAUCUUUAUUAUCUUCAUGUUAGCAAUGGCUGCAUUUUCUGUCAUUUUAAACAUUAUGGAGAUAUUUUACCUGAUGAUCUCAAAGAUAAAGGAGAGGAAAAGAAGGACCAGCAUCUCCAUUCCACCAAAGGGAUUCAGUCUCAACAACCCAAAUCCCAAUUCAACUGAGAGAGUUACAUGGUGUUGAAAGACAGUGAGCUGACAUAAACAUUGACAUAGGUCACCAUCGUUAGUUACAACAUCACUCAACAUCUUCAUCUGAAUUUUACAUCUUAUUUCAGGUUUCAAAUAAAUCAACCCCAUCGGUCUAAUUGUACAUAGACAGCCAACUAUGUUAAAUGCAGAAACUACUGAAAAUGAAAUGUGCUCAUAUUCAAAGUUAUAAACUGCCAGUAUUAAACACUCACAUACUGAUUAAUCUAUCUUUAAAAGUACUAGUAGUUAAAAGCUCUGUGUUUGUCUAAAAGAUCUAAUACACACUAUUUCAUUGUAUUGUGAUAGUUUGGUCUUUCAUUCCUUACAAUGAUGGAAAUGAAAAGCUGUCUGUAGGGGUUAUCAUGGCUAAACAAGCACAUACCUGACAUGUACACUACAUUCCCAUGUUGCACAUCAAUUUUCAACCAGAAAACCAGAAACUUAACCUUCUCUUGAAUAAGAUCUACAAAUCUCAUUUGCAAAAAAGUUGGGACACUAAUAUCUGUUAUUUGGUCAUUUACUUCAACUUUCAUCUAACAGCGAAAAACAAAACAAAGUGUCCAAAAGCAUCUCAAUCAUGAACUAAGUUAAACAGGUUCUAGAUUAUAAUUCUCUCUGGAUUUUGUAUUGUUCUCUAAUUCUCCCGUAUUUAACUUGUUGUGUAGAGGUACGGGGAAAUAAUAUAAAAAUAUGCUAAAUUCUUUUUUCAUAUUACAAAAAAAGGACAGUUGGUAUUACAUACAAAGUUCGAUAUCUUCUUCAUACAAACUUCUUAUUUUUACAGUCAAAAUUAUUAAAAACUUCAUGACAGGGAUGAAAGGGGUCAUUAGACUCCGUGAGGUGUUUUCAAUGUGACAAGUCAUCUCUGUUAUAUGUUGUUGUUAAUGUAUAUUACAUAUACUCAGGAAGCAGGUGCAUAACUACAUGACUGAGCUAUAAAUAUGUGAAGGGGGUGGGAGUAAAUGCUCCAUUUUGUAUAUAUGUAUGCAUGUGCUCGAAAUAAACGAUCAAUCAAUCAAACACUGAAA